GGACACUGAGGCGGGCGGCUGUCCGCGGGAACUAACCUCUAGUCGCUCUGACAGGCUUCUGGUUUUCUGGUCCUCUGGUCUUUCUGGGUGGGACUGCACGAGGUGAGGCAGCCCAGGCCACAGUGUGCGCCACCAUCGUCUGGUAUUUUGAUGCCAAAGAACGGGCAGCCAGACGAGCAUCAGCGUCAGGGCGGAAAGGCGCCUGUGCCCCGGAGCCAGGAUGCAGAGCCUGGGGAGAGUCAUUGGCUCCUGCCAGCAUCCCAAGCCCGCCCGCUUCUGCGGCCUAGAAUGCGGAGCUGGAGUGCAAUGGCGCAAUCUCGGCUCAAUGCAACCUCUGCCUCCCGGGUUCAAGUGAUUCUCCGGCCUCAGCCUCCCGAGUAGCUGGGAUUACAGAAUAGCUGAGACUGCGUAAUUUACAAGAAAUGUACUGCCUUACGGUCUGGAGGCUGGGAAGUCCAACAUCAGGGUGCUGACAUAUUUGGCGAUGACGAUUUCAAGAUGGUGCCUUGGACACUGCAUCCUCACAUGACAGAAGAGAUGUGGUCUCGCUAUGUUGCCCAGGGUGGUGUCGAACUCCUGAACUCAAUCGAUCCUCCCGCCACAGCUUCCCAAAGUGGUGGGAUUGCAGGAAUGAGCCACCGCUCCCGAACCGCUUCAUACAUAUUGAUACAGGAAAACUCAGAGGAUACGUCGCUGGUAACCCAUGCUCCCAUAAACCUUGUCCUCCGGAAAGAGACCUGGGAAGGAGCCCUGACAUUCUCAGCCCUGGGGCUUCACAGAGAGGGGUAGCUCGAAUUAGGUUCCUUAUCUUAAAGAGAAUAACAGCAGCCACUUUCUCACAAUCUUGCGAACGCCAAACGGAAGGAUCCCUUGAGAGCGCUGAGAACUCGCCGAGCUCCUCCCGGGAAACCCGGGGCCAGGAGGCGCCAUUUUGCGGAUGGGCAAACUGAGGCCCGCGGGGCGCGACUUACCCAGGCCCUUUUGCAGUGGGAGGCGGCGGUGGAGGAGGGUGAUCUGGGGACGGGAUAACAAAGUCCACCCUACCGCCCGCUUCGCCGCAGGUGCCAGAAAGGUCCCAAACCCGCCCAGGUAGGGCGAGGGGGUGCGGCCCAGGCACCUGUCAUGGCGGCGCCGUUGCCCGACGCCGGAAGUGCCCGCCUGAAACUACAGCUCCCAGCAGACCCCGCGGCGCGCCCCGGUCGACGCCGGGGAAGCAACCGCCAUUGUCCGCGGCUGAGGUGAGGCCUUUGCUCGGGCUGUGGGGCGGCAGUAGCUGCGGGGCUUGGGGGUCAUGAGAGCUGGCGCGGGGAGGCGGCGCCAGGGUGGGUCCUGCGCCUUCCCUUUCCGCGCCGGCUUUGCGCCCUCGUUGCCCUCGGCUCUCCAGCCAGAAGCCUGCCUCCGGCCUCCCGCCUCCGGGCGUUCUUCCUUUUCUGGCCGGACGGGCCUGGGUGAACUCUGCUGCACGUCGGCUCCGCGCUCCUUUGUGUCCGAGGCCGCGCCUGGAGCUCCCAAGCGCACUCCUGGGCCGGACCUCGGCGCGGGACAAAAGCCAAACGCCCCAGGCUGGGCGACCCCGAGCCUGCUGCGACGCCUUCAAGGGGGACCGCCGGCCGCGAGCCAGGUUGGGAUUUGCAGUGUUCCCGGGCAGGUGCCUGGUCAAUCAGUCCUCGGGAUGGCAGCCAUCAACCCGUGGGCCUCCUGGGGUGCCCUUACGGACCAGUCUUGGGGGAUGACAGCUGUUGACCCAUGGGCCUCCUGGGCUCUGUGUCCUCAGGAUCCUGCCUGGCACGUGGAGGGGCGCCUUGAGGAGGGGACGAGGGCCACUGGGCUCCCAGCAGCCCAGGUUCAGGAACCAGUGACCUUCAAGGACGUGGCUGUGGACUUCACCCAAGAAGAGUGGGGGCAGCUGGACCUUGUUCAGAGGACCCUGUACCGUGAUGUGAUGCUGGAGACCUAUGGUCACCUGCUCUCUGUGGGAAAUCAGAUUGCCAAGCCUGAGGUCAUCUCCCUGUUGGAGCAAGGAGAAGAGCCGUGGUCAGUGGAACAGGCAUGUCCUCAACGCACUGGUCCAGAAUGGGUGAGAAAUCUUGAAAGCAAAGCACUGAUCCAAGCCCAGAGCAUUUUUGAGGAAGAACAAUCCCAUGGCAUGAAGUUGGAAAGAUAUAUUUGGGAUGAUCCUUGGUUCUCCAGGUUAGAAGUUUUGGGAUGUAAAGACCAAUUAGAAAUGUACCACAUGAACCAGAGUACAGCUAUGAGGCAAAUGGUCUUCAUGCAAAAGCAAGUACUAUCCCAGAGAAGCUCUGAAUUCUGUGAACUUGGGGCAGAGUUUAGCCAGAACUUAAACUUUGUUCCAUCUCAGAGAGUUUCUCAGAUAGAACAUUUCUAUAAGCCUGAUACACGUGCUGAAAGUUGGAGAUGUGACUCAGCCAUAAUGUAUGCAGAUAAGGUUACCUGUGAAAAUAAUAAUGAUUAUGACAAAACUGUUUAUCAGUCCAUUCAACCUGCAAGAAUACAAACUGGAGAUAAUCUUUUCAGAUGUACUGAUGCUGUUAAAUCUUUCAAUCAUAUAAUACAUUUUGGUGAUCAUAAAGGAAUUCACACAGGAGAAAAACUCUAUGAAUAUAAGGAAUGCCAUCAAAUCUUUAACCAGAGCCCAUCAUUUAAUGAACACUCAAGGCUUCAUGUUGGAGAAAACCAGUAUAAUUACAAAGAAUAUGAGAAUAUCUUUUAUUUCUCAUCCUUUAUGGAACAUCAAAAAAUUGGUACUGUAGAUAAAGCGUAUAAAUACAAUGAAUGGGAGAAAGUCUUUGGGUAUGACUCAUUCCUUACUCAACAUACAAGCACUUACACUGCAGAGAAACCCUAUGACUACAAUGAAUGUGGGACGUCUUUCAUCUGGAGCUCUUACCUUAUUCAACAUAAGAAAACUCAUACUGGAGAAAAACCCUAUGAAUGUGAUAAAUGUGGAAAAGUUUUUAGGAAUCGUUCAGCCCUUACGAAACAUGAACGGACUCACACUGGAAUAAAACCCUAUGAAUGUAAUAAAUGUGGAAAAGCCUUCAGCUGGAAUUCUCAUCUUAUUGUACAUAAGAGAAUUCAUACAGGAGAAAAACCUUACGUUUGUAAUGAGUGUGGGAAAUCUUUCAACUGGAACUCUCAUCUUAUUGGACAUCAGAGGACUCAUACAGGAGAGAAACCUUUUGAAUGUACUGAAUGUGGGAAAUCAUUCAGCUGGAGCUCCCAUCUUAUUGCCCAUAUGAGAAUGCAUACUGGAGAGAAGCCCUUUAAAUGUGAUGAAUGUGAAAAAGCUUUUAGGGACUACUCAGCCCUUAGUAAACAUGAAAGAACUCAUUCUGGAGCAAAACCAUAUAAAUGUACUGAAUGUGGAAAAUCCUUCAGCUGGAGCUCCCAUCUUAUUGCCCAUCAGAGAACUCACACGGGAGAGAAACCGUAUAACUGUCAGGAAUGUGGCAAAGCAUUCAGAGAACGCUCAGCCCUCACUAAACAUGAGAUAAUUCAUUCUGGAAUUAAGCCCUAUGAAUGUAAUAAAUGUGGAAAAUCCUGUAGCCAGAUGGCUCACCUUGUUAGACAUCAAAGGACUCAUACUGGAGAAAAACCCUAUGAAUGCAAUAAAUGUGGAAAAUCCUUCAGUCAGAGCUGUCACCUUGUUGCUCAUCGGAGAAUUCACACUGGUGAGAAACCCUAUAAAUGUAAUCAGUGUGAAAGAUCCUUUAACUGUAGUUCUCACCUCAUUGCACACCGGAGAACUCAUACUGGAGAGAAACCAUACAGGUGUAAUGAAUGUGGGAAAGCAUUUAAUGAGAGUUCAUCCCUUAUUGUACACCUAAGAAACCAUACUGGAGAAAAGCCCUACAAAUGUAAUCAUUGUGAGAAAGCAUUUUGUAAGAAUUCUUCCCUUAUUAUUCAUCAGAGAAUGCAUAGUGGAGAGAAACGCUUUAUAUGCAGUGAAUGUGGAAAAGCCUUUAGUGGUCACUCAGCCCUACUUCAACACCAGAGAAAUCACAGUGAAGAGAAACUGAAUUGAAUUUAUGUGAGUUUUUCGUUUCUUGUACAUUUGACAACACAUUGAGGAAAACCCUAUAAACAUAAUCAAGAGGGGACAUUUUUCAUUAAGAGUUCAGUAAGACUUCUCCUGCAUUAUUUACUAGAAAAUAUCAUCUUAGAAGAAACCCCGUGAAGGAAAAGAAUAGGGAAAAGCUUUCAGCAGUUAUGUAGCCCUUACUCAAAAUCAGAUAAUUAACAAUGAAGAAAAUUCUAAACUCCCCUAUGGUCUACCAGUAAUUCAUACGUGAGGACCAUGACUGUGGGGAUGAGGCAUCUUUUAGCAAGAGCUCUCGCCUACUUGUAGAUUGGUGUGAACUGCUAAGGGAAAAACCUUAUGCAGAGAAAAGUUUUUGACUGGAAAUACACUGUUUUGCAUCAAGCUGGAGUACUGGAUGGAAAACUCUACAAUAACAUUUUGUGCAUAAUUGUAGAAAUACAGAUUUUGUUGUUACAAGGGGAGGGUCUGGGUGCCCAGGAGGAGAAUAUGAAAUGCUAAAUCUGAAUGUAAGAAAAAUAAUAGUAUUGAAUGGGGUAUUUACUGUUGAUUAACCUCCUUAGAGAAAAUUAAUGAAUGAGAUGACUAAUGGUAGAAAAGUUAUUGCCUAGGAGUGUGAGACUGAUGUUGCUGGACAGAAAGUGAUCCUUAGCCCAGCAGUGUGUCAGCAUCCAUUGUUACUCAUCACUGCAUUGUUGGGCAAUUAGUUUGUAAUUUGUUUUAGGCAAUCACUAUAAAUUAUAAUUAUAGACACUGCAUCAGUAUACAUAACAUGAAAGAAUAAAAAGGAUACAGAAUUGUAUAUACAUACUUACUGUAACAGAUCUAAAAAAAUGUAUAUGGAUAAGGACCUGAAAGAUCCAUGGAAAAAUUAACCCAGUUAAUUUGAGAUUUUUAAAAAGUUUUACAAAUACAUGUAACACUUAUGUGCUGGGCUUUAUUUUAAAUGCUUUCCAAGUGUUAACUUGUUUAGUCCCCUUAACUCUGAGAUAGGUACUGUUAUCCCAGUUUUACAAAUGGCUAAGCUGAAGCAGAGAUGUUGAAGGAUCCUACCUAAGGGGCACAACUAGUAAGGGAGUAGAGCUGAGAUUGUUUGGCUUCAGAGUUCUUGUUUUCAGCCACCAUUUUAUGCUGCCUCUCCAGUGAUUUUUUUUCCCAUUUUCUUCAGUGUUGCUAUAGCAGAGAUUUGAUAAUAAAAAGAAAAUCCUAAACAAUGAGAAAUAAA